GCUGAAAGAGGGAGAGGAGACGCAGCUGAUGGUGGAAAAGUAUCCAAGUUGCGGGGCAGCUCGGCACAGAAACCCUCCGCAGUGUGUAGGGGGGAGGCUCCCGCUCACCCCUCUCUCUCUCUGCCCCUCCCUCGCAAAUAUGCAGGAGCGGGCAGACCGGCACUGAAUGGGGCAGAUGUGGCACGGGACAUACAUCCGGCAGCAAUGGUUUGAUCAGAGGGCUGGUGAAGUUUAAUUUUCCUCUGACAGCGAUUUCAGUAUCUGAGCGCUGGGUGAAGCAGAGCCCUGCGUGGGGUACCGGCCCAGAAGACCUGAUUUACCAUGAAUUCUGUCUCCACAAGCAAGGAUCGAGCAGCCUUCGCAAGGAAUCGGAAGCAUGCGGGGUCGGCGGAGAGUUACUCGCCCACAAAACUGGCAAGCUUCGCCCCAGAAAUCUGGUCCAGGAAAGGGUUUCAGAUGUACGAGGAUUCCCGGGUCGCCCACCGACCCGCCCCGGAGGGUGCUGGUUCCGUGCCGGGUUCGGGCACCGCUUCACCCGCUUCCAGCACCGGUUCUCCCGGCUCGUCCAGCGGCUCGCCGGGAUCUCUGGCCGGGUCAUCGCCAGGGUCGUCGGGUACCGGCUCCCCGGGUUCAGGCACCGGCUCCCUGGGCUCGGGAGGCUCGGACGAUAAAGGGAUUUGGUGCGAGAACUGCAACACCAGGCUAGUGGAACUAAAGAGGCAAGCGUUGAAAAUGAUGGUCCCGGGCGCCUUCCCCAGUAAGGACCCGGCUCUCUCGGCGCUUAUCCAUGACAAGCUGCAAGUGCCCAACACCACCCGCCGGGCCUGGAAUGAUCGCGACAACCGGUGCGACGUCUGCGCCACCCACCUGAACCAGCUGAAGCAGGAGGCCCUGCAGAUGGUGCAGACGCUGCAGCAGGCGGCCUCGCUGGAGCCCCUCGAGCCCUCGCCUGGAUCCCCCCCACCUCCCUCCAGCAUCCCCUCGCUGGUGGGCUCACGCAACGGCGGCUCCCUUCCACCGCCCCGCGAAUGGGCCUUCAUCCCUGCUGCCUACGCCUCCAGCAACACCUACGCCGGCCUCCUCAGCAACAAGCAUGCCGGCAAGCCCAACUCGCUAGGCCUCGGAGCAGAGAAGAAGGGCGGCACGUCCGGGCACCCGGUCUCCAAGGGAGGGCUCCAUGUGCCCACCAGCCCCAGCAACGGUAAUAUCCUCAGCUCUGUCACCAUCCAAGCCCACCAGUACCUGGAGGGGGCCUGGUCUGUGUCCCGGUCCAAUGGAGUGACCCUCUACCCCUACCCGAUAUCCCAGCUGAUGUCAGACAACUGCCGGGAAGGAUUGACUGAGGCUGUCCUCAACCGCUACAACUCAGACAAGCCGUCAGUGUACAGCUUCUCAGGCUCCCAGAGCACCUUCGUGACGAGUGUGGCCUCCAGCGGGACCUCGGCUGCAGCCUCCUUCUUUGUCAGAGCCGCCCAGAAGCUCAACCUGUCUUCCAAGAAGAAGAAGCACCACCGGUCUCCUGCCCCAAAUGUGUCUGAGCCCCUUCCCUUCCCAACCAACUUCAGUGGCAUCCUGCAGACGUCCUCACCCCCAGCGCCACCAUGUCUGCUUCGGGCCAUCAGCAAGGUGAAAGACAAUCCCGGGAUUGGCAAGGUAAAAGUCAUGCUGCGAAUCUGUCCCGCCUCUUUGGGGGACUUGUCCGAAUCCAGCUGCUUCUUCAAGGUGGACCCCCGUAAGAAGCAGAUUACCCUGUACGACCCUCCGGUGAACGGUCUGCAGAACUCCUCUCAGAAGAGAGGCUGUCUAGUGCCGCCAAAGAUGUUUGCCUUUGAUGCCGUCUUCCCACAGGACUCUUCGCAGGCUGAAGUUUGUGCUGGGACUGUAGCAGAAGUCAUCCAGUCCGUGGUGAACGGGGCUGACGGCUGCGUCUUCUGCUUUGGCCACACCAAACUAGGGAAGUCGUACACAAUGAUUGGGAGAGAUGACUCCAUGCAGAACCUGGGUAUCAUCCCCUGCGCCAUCUCCUGGCUUUUCAAACUGAUUAACGAGAGGAAGGAGAAGACGGGAGCUCGAUUCUCAGUCCGGGUCUCGGCAGUCGAAGUGUGGGGGAAGGAAGAAAACCUGAAGGACCUACUUGCUGAGGUGGCCACAGGCAGUUUGCAGGACGGCCAGUCUCCUGGAGUCUACCUUUGUGAGGACCCCAUCUGUGGCAUGCAGCUUCAGAACCAGAGUGAACUCCGCGCGCCAACACCGGAGAAGGCCGCCUACUUCCUGGACGCUGCCAUCGCUUCGCGGCGCAGCAGCCGCUCGGGAUGCGACGAGGAGGAGCUGCGCAACUCCCACAUGCUCUUCACCCUGCACAUCUACCAGUACCGCAUGGAGAAGAGCGGCAAGGCAGGAAUGUCAGGAGGUCGCAGUCGUCUACACCUCAUUGACCUGGGGAGCUGCGUCAAGGUACUCAGCAAAAGUCGAGAGGGCGGCUCCGGGCUCUGCCUGUCCCUGUCUGCGCUGGGGAAUGUCAUCCUGGCUCUUGUUAAUGGCACCAAGCACAUCCCCUACAAGGAGAGCAAGCUCACCAUGUUGCUGCGAGAGUCCCUCGGCAACCUGAACUGCCGGACCACCAUGAUCGCCCACAUCUCGUCCUCCUCCAGCCACUACUCGGAGACCCUGUCCACCAUCCAGAUCGCCUCCAGGGUGCUCCGGAUGAAGAAGAAGAAGACAAAGUACACCUCCAGCUCAUCCGGAGGCGAGAGCUCCUGUGAAGAGGGGCGAAUGCGGCGGCCAACGCAGCUGCGGCCUUUCCACCCGCGGGCCGGUGCUGACCCGGACCUGCCCAUGCUGAACUUGGCGGGAGAGCCCGAUUACUCCUCCAGCAGCGAGCAAUCGUGUGACACUGUGAUCUAUGUGGGCCCCAACGGCGCCGCCCUCUCUGACAAAGAGCUGACGGACAACGAGGGCCCGCCCGAGUUUGUCCCCAUCAUCCCCUCACUGCAGAGAGCCCGGAAGGAGGCGGGGCCGGAGGGAGGGGCAGAGGGGGACUGCCUGAAGUGUAACACAUUCGCCGAGCUGCAGGAACGAUUGGAGUGCAUCGAUGGUAGUGAGGAGCCCACCAAGUUCCCGUUCGAGGAGGGGCUCAGCUCACAGAACCCUGCCGGCCACGGGGAAGCCGAGGCCCCUCAGCGACUCACCAGAGAGGUCUCUGAGGAGCCCAUCCAGACCAGGCCCCAGGCCGGCCCAGCUCUGGCUGGUGGCCCGUCUGCUCCCCCAUCCCCCGGGUCCCAGCCUGGCGCAUCCAGGGGUCAGGGGGCCAGGGAGGGCAGUGAUCCUAAGCCCAGGCCAGCCGGCUCCCCCAGACUGGGGGUGGCCAGCCUGUCCAAAACAGCAGACUACAAGCCCCAGCCUUCACCCUCCCAGCGCUGCAAGGUCUACACUCAGAAGGGCUCCCUGCCCAGUCCUGCCCCGCCCCCUCCACCUCCCCCACCACCCCCUCCCCAGCCCGAGACCCGGGCCUCCCCAGUAGGGAUGAGUCCCCAGGCGGCAAAGAGGCCAUCGGCAGAGCCAGAGGUGGCAGUUCAACAGAGGCCUCUGGAGCUGAAUGGGGAGGAUGAGUUGGUCUUCACCCUGGUGGAGGGGCUGGUGGCCAGCGGCGCCCUGGGUGAGGGCCGACCAGCCAGUAUUGCCAGCCUGGACAGCGAUUGCUCAGUGCGUGCCCUGCCCUCGGGUUCCAGGCCUGUCAGCAUCAUUAGCAGCCUCCACGAGGAACUGGAGGACGGCCUGCCUGCCUCCCUCUCCCAGCUGAGCCUGGCCCAGUUCCUGCCCUUUGAUGAGCCGAGCCCGGAGGGGGAGGAGGGAGAGGAGGGGCCUGGCAGCCGCCGCUCCUCAAUCAGCUCCUGGCUGAGUGAAAUGAGCACGGGCAGUGACGGGGAGCAGUCGUGCCAUAGCUUUGUGGCGCAGGGCGGCGAGGGGCAGGCGCAGGCCCGGCUCCCUGCUCUUGAGGCAGAUGACAUCCACGGCCCCCAGGAUGAGGGUCCGGCCCACGCUCAGAGCGGGAAGCUCUCCAUCAUGGACCGGUUCCUGCGCCUGCGGGAGAAGGGGUCUGAGGCCGGGGGCAUCCACCAGGUGGCGGCUGGAUCCCACAGUGCGACAGGCUCUCUGGGGAGGGCCACCGGGUGCAGCUCCAGCCCGCUGAGCCUGGCUGCACACCAGGGAUGCUCCCCAGCCCAGACUCCCAGCAUCAGUCCAAGGCCCAGUGACUCGAAUGAGGGGAGUGGGAGCUCCCAGGAGCCGUCGCCUGCACCCAGCCGGGCCUCUGGCGGAGAGCCAGAGGGCGACCAGGCCUCCAAUGGGGCGAGUUUCGAGGACCCUUGGCUAAAGCGGGAGGUGGAGGAGGAGCAGGAGGAUGAGGAGGAGGAGGAGGGAGUGUCUGGGCUGGAGGGGAGCCACAGCUCAGAGACGAAUCGGGAUAAAGUCCAGGGCUGGGUGGGGAGUGGGGAUUGGUCUGGCGGGAGGGUGGCAGAUGGCUGCGAGAUGGCCCUCAGUCCUUCCCCCAGCCAGGCCUCCGUCCUCUCAGCGGAGGGUGGAAGCGGCGGGAGCCAGGCCCCAACUCCACCUGGUCUCCGCAGUGACAUUGAGGCGCCAGCCCCCUCCAGUCACCUUGAUGACAUCGAGGCCUCAGCCCAGUCCUGUCGCCAUGACAAUGCUGAGGCCACGGCCCAGCCAAGUCACCACGAUGAUGCCGAGGUCUUGUCCCAGUCCUGUUGCCGUGAUAACACCGAGGCCCCAGCCUGGUCCAGUUGCUGUGACGAUGCUGAGGCCCCAGCCCCGAGGACCCCCUGUCUGGGCACAGAGAGCAGUGCCUCACCCUCACAGGCCACCACACCCUGCAGUCCCAGGACCACCUUAGAACGCAGACUGGGCUCCCCCAAGCACGGGGUGCUGCCCAGACCCAAGGGCAUGCCGCCUCUGCCCCCAGUCCGCAAGUCCAGCCUGGACCAGAGGAACAGGGCCAGCCCUCAGCACUUGCCCUCUGCCCCAGCACAGCCCGGCAUCCUCGACGACUGGAAUCCUAAGGCCAAGAACCCUGCCCCAGAUGCCGGUGGUAAGGGAAGCAGCAAGGGUGAGCUGGCCAACUCCCGGGCCAGCUCCCUGAACCGCAGGGGCGCCGGUCACUACGACUGCCUGUCACUGGAGCGGCUGGGUAGCCUGAGCCCUGGAGGCCCCAAACUGGCCGCCGGACGGGACAGCACCAUGCCCAGGACCGGCAGGAGCCUGAACCGGGCCGGCCCUGGCCCCUCUUCACCCACCCAUGCAGGCCCGGCCUCCUCGCCAAAGCCUGGCCCCUCCAAGAUGUCGGCUGUCAGCAGGCUGCUGCUGGCCGGCCCCAAGUGCCGCAGCCUCUCGGCCUCCAGCACCAAAACCCUCAGCUUCUCCACCAAGUCGCUGCCACAGUCGGUGGGCCGCAGCCCCAGCAUGCCCUCCCACUCCAGGAACAUGUCCUGGUCCACACAGUCGCUCAGCAGCAAGCAGAGCAGAGGCGCCUCUGGCCUGGUGGCCAAACUACCGCUGCGUGCUGUCAAUGGCCGCAUCUCUGAGCUUCUACAAGGGGGUGGCAGCCUAUGGGCCCAGCAGACGCCCGGCGGGGGCGGAGGCGAGCCUGAGGGCCAGUCCCCAGACAAGGCCGCGCCGCCCCCUCCCCAGACCCUGCCCUCACCCUACAGCAAAGUCACACCCCCUCGCAGGCCCCACCGUUGCAGCAGCGGGCACGCCAGCGACAACAGCAGCGUCCUGAGCGGCGAGCUGCCUCCGGCCAUGGGCAAAACCGCCCUCUUCUACCACAGCGGGGGCAGCAGUGGCUACGAGAGCAUGAUGAGGGACAGCGAAGCCACAGGCAGUGCCUCCUCUGCCCAGGACUCCACCAGUGAAAAUGGCAACUCCGGCCCCGGGCGCUGCAGGAGCCUGAAGUCCCCGAAGAAAAGGACGACUGCAGGUUCCCAGAGACGCCGCCUCCUGCCCGGCCCGUCAUCUGAGGCUGCGCCCAUGGCCAGGAAACCAGCCGGCGGCUCCGGCCUACGCUGGGUGGACCUCCGGCCCGUGCAGAGGGGGAUGGCUGAGCCCUUCGAGAUCAAGGUCUAUGAGAUAGAUGAUGUGGAGCGGCUGCAGAGGAGGAGGGUGGCCGAUAACAAGCUGCGGGGAUUUAUCUGUUUCAACGCAAAGCUGAAGAUACCCGAGAACCGGCAGCAGAGGAUUUCAGAGGUCAAAACCAAAUACAACGUGUUGAUGCAGGAGCUGGAGGCAACCAAACAACGGCUGAUGCUAGAGCCCAGUAAAUGGAUCAGUGAGUUUGACCUGGACCAAGGCUUUGAGGUGGAUUCAUUGGAAUACCUAGAAGCCCUGGAAUGUGUCACGGAGCGACUGGAGCACCGGGUCAACUUCUGCAAAGCUCACCUCAUGAUGAUCACAUGUUUCGACAUCGCCUGCGGAAGGCGCUAACGGAUGGGGGAAAGUGUUGGGGGGGGGCGGGAGUUGUGAAUGGCGAGCGAGUGCACAGACAGACCAGGAGGAAGGAAACAGAACCACCCAAAGAUAACAGGAAGACGACAAGCGGAAGUGCCAAGUGUGGAGCACGUAUGCGAAGAGUUUUAUUUCCCCACUACAGAAUGUACAAAAAAAAGAGAGAAGAGAACCAGAGAUGAAUAUUGGAGUGUGAGAAUGUCUUUUCUUUCAUCAUAUUGGGAGAGCACUUUCAGGAACAUUGGUUAUGUUGUAUAUAUAUGAAGGCCUUGCUCCAGUUCCCUUGUCUUCGGAGUGUGAGGAUGGACAUGGAAUGCAGGGCGGUCUCUGAUGAGCUCAGAACAAUAUACAGAAGGACUACAAGUGCCUUGUAAACUUUAUUAUAUUAUCCAAAAUCUUACACGGACUCAUUAUUGUACAGUCGUUGGUUGGUGAUGCAUAUUUCACUGUACGAUUAUAGAGGCAGUAUCCAUUUUGUAGAAGGAACUCAAACCUACACACCAUUCCUGUUUAUAUCCAUUCUCACCACAACAGGGAGGGUUAUAUAAAGAAAAAUUUGACACAGGGUGGGAGGGGAGAAUGCUUGUGAUAUCAUGUUUUCUUCUGGGCCUGUGGCAGGUUAUUUGGUAAUGUUUUGAAUCAAGUUUCAUGGUACAUUUUUUUAUAUAAAGAUUUGACUGAUUGUUAAGGGUAUUGUUGUGUGGAUUUGAGUUUUGAAAUCCAGUAGAUUUUCAGAUGAGCAAGAAAUACAAGGGUAAUGUUUCAGUAAAGGUUGAACUCAAAGGUUGUUUUGCUAGGUGUUUUAGCUACUUGCUGUUUUUAAGUAAUUUGUAUCUAUAGAGUAGGCCUGUAGUCAGGAAGCAGCACAUUAUUAACGUGACUGUCGUUUACUAACAGUGAAUGAGCCACUCGGAGGCAAGGUGAUGCCUCCCUGGCAGACUGAUUCCUCCCCCAAGCCUCGACGUAGAAAUUAAGCACAUUAGAUUUGAAAGCAGAUGAGCUCUUCCCGCAUUAUUGACUGUAGUCGGUGAGAUCAUUGUAAAUGCACUCCUGCACAUAUCAAGCAGAAUACCUUUUUACCUGGAUAGACUCUGCAUAUUUGUGAGGUUUCUUGGUUUCAUGGGAACAGAAUAAUAAACCCCUCGGGCCUGCUUGCCCCUCAAUUUGCCCCCUUAUUGCCACAUCUUUAACCAAAAAGCACAAAAGUAGGCCCCAUCCCCAUAACAGCAUCCUAACUACAUGAGUUCCUCUUCCCAGCAGUGUGUCCCGAGCCAACUCUGCCUUGGUGAUCCAGGUGCUGGUCAAGCAUUCUGCAAAUCACUUCUUUCCCAAAUGAUGCAGCCUCACCUGCAACAUAAACUCACCUCCUAAGCACAAGAGAAUCUACAGAGGCUGAAUGUCUUGAGCAGCACACACUAAAUGCCAAGGAACUCAGCAGGUCAGGCAGCAUCUGUGUAGGAGAAUAAGCAGUCAAUGUUUCGAGCCAAGAUCCUUUAUCGGGACUGGAAAGGGAAGGAUGUUCUGAGGAGAUCUGUGGGCGAUGAAGGGUCUCGGCCCAAAACGUCAUCUGUUUAUUCGAACUCCAUAGAUGCUGACUGACUUGCUGAGUUACUCCAAAAUUUAGGAUAUGUCACAUAAAAGCAUUGCAGACUCCACCCUCCCCUUCAACUUCUGAUACCGUGUUCCCUUCUUUGCAGCUGAACUUUGGAAGUGGAACACAGGUAGGCAUUUUCCUCAUCCUGCAUGGCCCCUGAUUCAGUGUGGUCAAAAUCACCCAGGAGUACCAUUUCAACCAAAGAUGCAACUUUUCUCCUUGUUACCAAGGCUGCAUCUUCAAAUCUUACUUUUUCAAAAGUUACUCUUCAACGAUGUUCUUCAACUUCAGCUUCAGUUUAGGUCAGGUCUCGGGACCCAAACCUGUUACCACCUAGCAGUAUCACUUACUGUACUCCAGUAUGGAGACACGAUGCAUUUCGACCUGGAAAAGUCCCGACGAUCUGUCUACUAAAUCUUAAGACCAUAGGCAUAGAAGCAGAAUUCGGCAAUUCAGCCGAUUGAGUCUGCUCUGCCAUUUCGUCAAGGAGAAUUUAUUACCCCUCUCAACCCCAUUUUCUUACCUUCUCCCCAUAACCUUUGAUUUUCUAAAGUGAUGUCUUAUUCUGAGUCUGUAACCUCUGUCCUAGAUUUCUCCACAAAGGAAAUAUCCUCAGAUUUGCCAUUUGACCUGCCAAACAGGUCAGAGGUUACUUUCAAUUCCAUAUUCACCGAUUCAUCAAUUUUACUUUGGGGAUGAUCACAUUGUUGAAGCUUUGUUCUACUAAGACUACAAUUAAGAUAGUGAACAGGGUUUGGAAGAAAGCUAAUUAUUGGCAGAGGACAUCAAAAUUUGUUCUUUGAGGUAACGAGGUCUAUCUGGGUGACAUCCAAUAGCCCAUACAGUAGGUGGAUAAAUAAGGUUGCAGUUCUGUCUGAGAGCCACGUUACCUCCGAGUGGCCUUUCCCGAGGUUGUUCACUAUAUUUUGCGGAUAUUUGUCUCUUUAAUGGUGCUUAAAGCAGUUUCACCUCUAAGUGUCUACACGUCCUCUCUCUUUUGCCUACACUCAGAACUGCUGCCAACUAACACAUCUUUGUCAUGUUAUGUAUGAAGGACAUAAUUUAUUUAUGAACUCAGGAUGCUCUUGUUUUAUAAAGUUGCUUGUAUUUUGUAAUUUAUUUACACAUUACAAUAAAAGGCUAACAAUUGCUAUCUAUGCAUUGUUAUGUACAGUCGCCUGA